GAUGUAUUAUGAUUGGUUAAAUCCUGAUUUAACAUUAAUCAGAUUUGUACCAUUACUUCCUCUUUACAAAACACGAAAGUUAGAUAUCACACCCUUAAGUAUGCUAUGUGCGUUAGAGUUUUCUGUCACAUUCAGCACACUCCAAUUACGAAUUUGA